AUGGACACCACCUCAGACUUGUUGAAAGUGUGCAAUGAAACCAGAGAAAUCGUUGCCAAUAUCCUUAAAGGAAAACGACCAUUGAAGAGAACCAUCGAGGAGACAGCGGACUCGUCAUUGCCCAACGAUGCUCAGUUACCAGACAAACGAUCUAGAAACGACUACGAUAUUCACCCAUCAGAAAACGGCAAUGACGACACCCAAGUGCGUUUGACACAGGCGUAUGAUCGAGCCAAGUUUUAUGAACGGCUGGAGACUUUCGCAGACGCCUAUAUUGAAAACAAACGCCCUCUCACUGCCAUUCAAUGUGCCAUGCAUGGAUUUGCUGAUACACAUCAACUGGAAGGGCCCAAUCAUGAUAUUGCCAAGCUCGAGUGCGUGGAUUGCAAAGGCACCAAUUACGUGAUCGAUAUCUCCAAUACGGAUGAGCAAUCGGUGCGAUUGAACCAAGUGGUUGAAAAGUAUACCUCUGGACUAUAUACCUUUCAUCGUGAUGGAUGUUUUUGGAGAGACAAUGCAUGUCCAGCAACCAUUUAUUCAUUUCCCAAACUAUCUACUGUGGAAGCACUUGACAUGAUGCGCAAAAGUGGUCGUGAAUGGCUACAAUCGGGUGUGCGAUUACCCAAGAUUAUUCAUCCUUUGAAUUCACGACAAUCGACACAGCUUGAUUUCCUCAUUCGAGACUUUCAGAAUCCUGGGGACCGUUACAAGUUUACGAUUUCGCUGCCAAGUGACUUGUGCGAUGCCGUGGGGACAUCCUAUCUUUUGCCCGUGUUUGGUUGGCAUUAUGCAGAGCCGAAUAUCAUAAAGUGCAAGGAUUGUUUCCGGAAAAAGAACUUGCAUGAAUUGGCUGCCCUUGAGAGUUCUUUCAAUGUGGUCAAGGAACAUCGUGACUAUUGCCCAUGGGUCAAUUGCAACAAUGCUCAUGUUGAGCCACCCCAGCCUACCCCCUUUAUGCGACAAUUAUGUGGAUACGAAUGGAUGUUGGCGGCUGUGGACCUUGAAUAUGCACUGCUAUUGAGAAUGCAAGAGGAAUCUCCUGUAUACCAAGCUUCCCGAGAACAGUGGUUCAUUGAUGAGCAAAAACGGAUGGAAAAGUUGCGUGAAACAUUGGAUCGUGAGUUUACAGUAUUUUCACAGCAACCAGAAUCACCACCAGCACAACCUUCAGAGGAACAUGCACUGCCAACGAUUGCCGUCACCGAUGAACAGCCACAUAUUGAGAAGCCAUCAGAAGAGGAGGCUACAACGACAUCACCUGCUGCACAACCACAACCACAACCCUCUCCUUCGCCUGAGAAACAAGAUGAGGAUGAUCUUGGUGAAUACCUUGAAUCAGAAAACGAGGCUGAGGAGGAAGAUGUGAAAGAGCCAGCAGCUGCAACAACGACAACGACAACAACUGUACCUGAGAAUAAGGAGGAAGAGGAGGUUACCAAGCAACCAGAGUUUGAGGAUGAGGAAGAGUUGGAUGAAUCGUUGCUUGAGGAAGUUGGUGAUGUCACUGAACCAGAGCAGACUGAGGAGGAUUACAAGUUGAUGGAAACGACUGCUGUGAAUGAAGAACAAGGCGAAAAGAUGGAUGUGGAUGAGCAAGAAUCGACUGCUGGUGCUGGUGCUGGUGAUACACCACUUCAUUUGGAUACAUUGGAAGAUCAUGAUAUGGAAGAGGUGACGCCGGCAGCGACUGAGACUGAGCCAGCUGAAUUGGGCCAAGCGAUUGAGACUACCACCAUUACCCCACCCUCCAUUGCGGAAAAGGAAGAUGGCGAAGUUACAUCGGUCACUGAAGAGCCAAUAAAUCAGGAGGAGAAUGCGUCUACCGCUGCUACUAUUGAUAUGGCAGCUGAAGAAUCAAGCGAGGCACCAUUGGAUGUUGCAACAGAGGCAAUUGAUAAAAGUGAACAGCCAACUACAUCUACAACGGAUGCUCCUACUACAACAACAACAACAAAUGAGGAUGAAAAGUCAACUCAAGUUACCGAAGCUGCUAGUACGGAUGAAAUUACUGCCAUGGAAGAAGAGGCAGCAGCGGCUGAUGAGGAAGAGGCAGGAUUGAUUGAGACACCAAAGGAUGUUUUGCAGGGUGAACCAGAUUCGGAUGUACAAACACCUCAACAUGAUCAAACGCUAUCAGCUGAAGACGAGUUGAAGGAAUUCGCCGAAUCUCCAUUGCCUACAACCGCUGAGGAAAAGCAAGACGUAGGCGAUACAACCACUCACGCUGAUAUCAACACUCCAUCACAAGGCGAGGAACCUGAAACUCAAGUGCCAAUGCCUGAUGAUGCUCAAGCCGAAGAAAAGGAGCAUGAGGAUGUUACCCUUGAUACAGCAACACCACAAAACGAGGAGGAAACAAUAGCCGAGACAAAAGAGUCAGCUGAAUCGACAACCGAAGCAGCACAGCCCAAUCAAGAUGAUUUGCUUUUGGAGGAGGAUGAUCAAGAGCUGGUACAAAAAUCAGAAGCAAAAGAGGCAUUGGAUGUUGAACCUGCCGUGCAAGAUGAUGGUGUCAGUACCCCCAUGGAUCUCUAUAUUGAAGAAGAAGGAUCAGGGAACGUUACAGAAUCUACUGCUCCAGAGACAUCUAAAAAUGUUGAAGCUGAUGCUCAAAAGGUUGUUGACAAGGGCGAGCAGCUUUUGGAAAAAGAAGAGGAGGAGCCGCUUGUCAACAAAGAGAAUGAAUCGAUCGUGGAUGAAAAGAAAGAGGAAUCACUUGAGAAUAAGGAGGAUGGAUCGAUUGAGGGCCACAAAGAGGAAUCACCUGCGAACAAGGAAGAUGCAUUGGUUGAAGAAAAACAAGAUGAAGGUCUUGUGGAUGAAAAGAAAAGCGAGUUGAACAUUGAAAACGAGCCUACUACCAUCACCACAGCAAAGGGUGAACAAGUCGUGGAGCAGCAACCGAUUGUGGAAGAGCCAAGCGCUAAGGAGGAGACACCAGCCAAUGUGCCUGAGACGACGGCUGAUAACAGCAACAACGAUGCACAGCCCACAGUUCCUACCGUGACAGUCGUUGAGGAGCAAGAGGAUGAUGGUGAUCAUAGCGUAGUGCCUGUUGCCAAUGCUGGAGCCAUGGAUGAAUUGCAUGCGAGUCAACCACAGGCUGAGCAAGAUAUCGACACGCCCACUCAUGUUGAGGAGGACGACACUGCUAUCGUGCAUGAUGAUCAGCAAAAGAAAAAAGAGCAGCCGCAACAAGAAGAUGCCGAGAUGCAAAUUGGUGACGCUGGUCAAGCGCAGGAUAAUAAUGUAGAUGACGGUGAAAAGGGUGAUGCGAUGGAUGAGGUGGAGGUGGAAGUGCAUGAAGUACCAGAUAGCGUAGGAGAGAAGAAGGAGUUGGAGGAAGAAGGUAUGGUCAACAAGGAAGGUACAAGUAAUGUAGAAAGGGAAGAGACUAGUGUGGAGAAUCGAGAGGAGAACCAACAAGAUCAAAUGGAGAUGUGA